UAACAAACUGUAAAUGUUAAAAGAGAAAGGAGCGUAAAAACAACUGCGUCUUCUUCUUGUUCUAUUUUCUUCCUCAGUUCAGUUCUAAACUGUCUAAAUAUCUUUAGACUUUUUUUGUUAAUACUUCUAACUCCCGUUGUUGACAUUUUCUCUCCUCUACAGUUGUCGAUAAUUCCUCCCCUGAGUCUAAACUUCCCUUUUGUUUUCACCGCGAUGCCUUCACGGCCACAGCUGUAACCGUAAACUGCGGUGUUUUGAUGGUUUCUCUCUGGUGUGGUGGUGAACCGGCAACCAUCACACAGAGUGAGUGUGGUCUUGUCGGGUCUGGGGGCUGGAGGCUGGACAGACUGGGAGGAGACUGGAGAUGCUGGGUGGUACAAUGUGUGUCUGCGAUCUCCAGCGCUCAGAGGGCGCAUGAGAGCCGAGGAACAGCCGGAGAACCGCGAACCAAAGUUAGCGUUGAAGUCAGCCUACUUCCUGUGGAGACCAUGAGACUCUUCCUGUUCAUCUGCAUGCCAGUUCUACUGCUCGCCCAGGAUCCAUUUCCGGAUCCAUAUCAGUACCAUUAUUUGCCAGAUUUUGCACCAGAGUCAGAGAACCAUGAGUCUCCUCCUGGAACCUUCCAACAGCAGGUUCGAGUCGACCCCGUGGUCCCAGAAAUACCUGGAUCUGAUCUGGAGACAGAGCCCACAGAGCCCGGCCCUCUGGAUUGCAGGGAGGAGCAGUAUCCCUGCACCAGGCUCUACUCUGUUCACAAGCCGUGCAAGCAGUGUCUGAACAGCCUCUGCUUCUACAGUUUGCGACGGGUGUACGUCGUCAACAAGGAGGUGUGCGUCAGGACCGUGUGCGCACAUGAAGAGCUGCUCAGAGCUGACCUGUGCCGUGACCAGUUCUCCCGCUGUGGCGUGGCCGCGCUGAGUGGACAGUGUGCGUCGCUGGGAGGAAGCUGCGGAAAGAGCUGUGGCGGCUGCUGAUUGAGUACUGAGAUCAGGGACACGACCUGCCCACAUACUGCCACCGCUUUUCUCCCCUCCACGUCCUCCAGCCUUCACCUCCUUCUCCCUGUUUCACCUCCUUCUCCUCCUGCUCCAUCUGUAGAACUCACUAGUCUGGUGCCAAAGAUUCCCUCUAUCCUCCACAUUUACUUUCCCAGCUGUGUGUGUGUGUGUGUGUGUGUCUGCCGCCAUCCUGUCAGAUGGUGAAAUAUAUUCAGAAAACAUUGAUGAUUGUAUACAUCACACUGGUGCUAUCGAGAGUUAACCUUAACAGAUGCACAUGAAGCUGACAAAUGUCGUUUUUUUCUUUUUUUUUUUUUUUUUUUUGUAUUUUAUGGCAUCAUUGUAUCAUAUUAAUCUCAUGCUUUGUGUAACGUUACUUGUUUCGAGAAGCAGUCGUUUUGUCAGGACGUUCAACUCAUCACCGCGCACUGACCGUUAGGAACCGACCCAGCGUCAGCGUCAGUGUCAGCGUCAGUGUCAGGCUGUCAGCGCUCUCAUCCUUGAAGAUCAUGCGAUGCGUCAUCCAUCCCGGUCAGUGUCCUCAGGUUUCUCCUACCAGUGCCGCGUGGAUCUGGGCCACAGAGCUGGUGUAUUCCAGUGGCGACGCAUGCGCCAAAACAGGCAUCUCACGGGCCGCCCCGGUACUACUGCUUUGUAAAAGUGUCACUAUAAAGACUACGGAAAUAAACAAAAGUACAUUUUGAA